CCCACACCCACACCCACACACACACACACAAACACAAACUACACAACCUUCGCUGCGCAGGCGCAGCCAGCGGUGCUGGGGGUGAAAAGCGGCUCUCAAACAGCAAUCAGCUUUCAGUUGUUUCUGCGGUGUAGCCUGGGUGGGUGUUAUUCUCCUGUGUGGCGUCAAAAGUCCUUGGCGGCUCUAAGACAGGGGGAAAACUGCCUUCGAGGGUGACGGACGAGGUCUUCGAUUGCGUGAAAGUCCCGCACCGUGAUGGUACUCUUACUUAUGCUCUGUACUGGAGUCUUGUUGACAGUAUGGGGACAACCAACUCUAUAUCCUCUGUCUAUCCAUGCCUGUCCAAAUGAGACAGUGACAUACUAUUGUCAUGGCAGCCAGAUCAGUGUCAUUGUGUGGGAAGUAUCACCUUACAUUCCCCGGGCAGACCCCAUUCAGUAUGCUGCAGAUGUUCAUGGAGGAAUGUCUGGUGCUAUAAACAUGAAUCGUGAGGAUAAAUUCUUUGCUACCCUCACCAAUAUCACGAGGUUGAAUGGAAGUGUGGCAGACAUGACUACUAGUCUGAUGAUUAUCACCUAUGGGAUACAGAAUAAAGACAACCAUCAUCUGUCUAGUGGUAACAAGAGACUCACAGGAACCUCAGUCAUCAUCAUCAACAUUGUAUUUAACAGACAUACCCAGCUUCAAGGCACCCUCUAUUACAUACCAAGAGAAGGAGACAUAUUUCACAGCAGUACUAGAGCUGGGAUAUAUGUUUGAUGGAGGAGGAGUUCCAAUUGUUCACUACAUUAUUGAAGUGGACAAUGGCACACAGUUGGAAACUCCAGGCCCCACCUACAGUUUUGACAUCACGUACAAUACUACACUGUCAGUGAACAUCUCAGCCCACAACUGUGCAGGAUACAGUGAUCCCUUACCACUUGAGAUACAGUAUCAUCAAGAAUUUAUGAAGAAGGACAUGCCUAUUAUGACACCUGGGCUGGACAUGCCCAGUGUGACACCUGGGCUGGAGAAGGACAUGUCUAGUGUGACACCUAGGCUUAAUGGUUGCUCUUCAGUGCCUUUGGUAGUUGGGCUUACUGCAGCAGCCACAUCGAUUACUUUCAUACUGCUCAUGUUAGUUUUCUGUGGUCUUACAACAGCGGCGAUCUUUAAGAUGAAAAAAACAACUCAUCGUGUCCAUGUUCAAGGCUCAGCUGGUGAUAGACUGGAGCCAGACUACAACAUGGAGAACAACCCACUGUAUGAGAUGAGGAUACUGUCAAAUGAGGGACACUCACACAUGACACAAACACCAGCUCCAGUCCCUGUGUAUGAAACUGUUGACAGUGCAAAGCCUCUAUAACCUGUUAUAAGACUGUUUAUAACGCAAAGACUCAUAGCUAACCUGUUUCAUACUAUAGUUAUUAUUGAGUUUCAAAACAGUUUUAU